AGUCAAACUGAUGUGCUCACAGCUCUCUGAGAACACUUUGUUGUUAAAGCGGAUUGUUGAACAGCGAAAUGAUUCUCAACAUUAGUGAAGUUUGAACAGACAGUAUACUGUUACAUGAUGGUUUGAGUUGAGGAACAGAAUGAUGCAGCUCUGACAACUCCAGCUCUUCCUGAGUGGAAGCUGAUAGGCUAAGUUAGCCGUUGGCUCAGCGUCUGUCCAGAGAGCAGCUGAAGACAGACUGCUGUCCUACCUGACAGGUCAGCUGUAUAUUUGCAGGUGAAGCUCCGACAUGACUAAGAGAAGCCCAUCUAUUCAGCUUGUCAAAAGGAUGCUGAACCAUCACUGCAGAAGGAACCCGGAGCUUCAUGAGGAGCUGCAGAUCCAGGCUGCAGUGGCAGCGGGGGAUGUGUGCACUGUCAGGAGGAUGCUGGAGCAAGGAUACUCGCCGAAGAUCCGCGAUGCCAACGGCUGGACACUGCUACACUUCUCUUCUGCCAAAGGCAAAGAGAGAUGUGUUCGAGUCUUUCUUGAGCAUGGAGCUGACCCCACAGUGAAGGACUUCAUCGGGGGCUUCACAGCCCUUCACUAUGCUGCUAUGCAUGGCAGAGCGCGCAUCGCCCGACUGAUGCUUGAGUCUGAGUUCCGCAGUGACAUUAUAAAUGCAAAAAGCAACGAUGGCUGGACGCCGCUACACGUGGCUGCCCACUAUGGUCGAGACUCGUUUGUACGCCUUCUCCUCGAGUUCAGGGCAGAGGUGGACCCGCUGAGCGACAAAGGGACAACACCACUACAGUUAGCCAUCAUCCGUGAGCGCUCUAGCUGUGUGAGGAUCCUUCUGGACCACAGUGCCAACAUUGACAUUCAAAAUGGCUUCCUGUUGCGAUAUGCCGUCAUCAAAGGCAAUCACUCAUACUGCCGCAUGUUCCUGCAGAGGGGAGCAGACACUAACCUGGGACGUCUUGAGGACGGUCAGACCCCCCUGCACCUGUCGGCUCUCAGGGAUGAUGUGCUGUGCGCUCAAAUGCUCUACACGUACGGGGCUGACACCAACACCAGGAACUACGAGGGCCAAACUCCGGUUGCUGUCUCUGUUAGCAUGUCUGGGAUCAGCAGGCCCUGUCUGGACUACCUGCAGGAGGUCACCAGACAACCUCGGACUCUUCAAGACUUGUGUCGAAUACAAAUCCGUCACUGCAUUGGCCUUCAAAGCUUAAAAUUGUUGGAGGAUCUACCAAUUGCAAAGGUUAUAAAAGACUAUUUAAAACAUAAGUUUGACAAUGUGUAAAGGGUAUAACAACAGAAGAUUAAAGGGUGACUAAAUCCCCUCUACUGUCAUUUAUAAAGACUAUGCAAUCCCUCUGUUCCUUGUCUGGAAGAAAUGUCCACAGUUCUGUCUAUUACACACUGAAGGAUAGUUAAUGUAGUUUGGUUGUCCAGCUUUCUGCUCCUGUUAUUUAUUUCAGCCUUUUUACAUUUAGAUCAGUGGCUGAAGGAUGGAAAUGGAUUGUUUGAAAAAGAAGACCUCAUUUGACAGAAAGCAUUGUCACUACAGUUAACAUCAUUUCCAUUGAUGUUGUUACUGUAAAAAGGUGCAUGAUUCUCAUCAAGUGCAUAAUUGCCAAUGAUUCCUUUUUUUUUUUACUGAGCUAUAUGAACCUCAACUUGCAUUGCUGCAGUAACAAUUUUCUUUCUGACUCAAAAUCGACAAAGUAUUGAGCUAUUUGGACAAGGAUGGCUUUAAAAACUUGACAAGGUAUACUCUCAGAUUUAGCUUUAUCACCCUAUAGUGAGUCUAAUUCCAAAAAUGUAUGUGGUUACAAACCUCUUUGUAAUUGUUAAAUACUUUUUGAAGCAGAUAGCAUUUGAUGUGCCCAGUAAAGCUAUUUGACAGUUGAUGAUUCAGAGCUACCCAUCAUAUAAAUGUCACAAUUAUCAAAAUCCAUAAUUUGAUUGGACUUUGAUGUUUAGGUCAAAAUGUAUUUCAUUCAAUAAAAACAAAAUGCAUGCCUGGCAUAAAUGUAAACAACGGUUGUCAACAAAAAGACAACUGUGUGUCAACACAACAAAAUGACAGGAUAUAAAAAAUCACAUGCUGUUAAAUAAACUUAUUUCACAAGACAAUAAAUUAUUACACACACAAAUUAGAGCCAAUAGAUAACAUUACGGGUCUUUACAUUAAUAACAGCAUGGGUUUGCUCACAAAAGCAAAACAUUUACCAGACCCCAACAUUUAGUUUUUCUGACACUUUGCCUAUGUUGUGUAAAUGUUACAUAGCUCAUGGGUGAGGCCAAAUGUUGCCACACCACUUCAGGAAAGCAAGAGACAUGUAGUUUAGUUCCCCCCAAUCUCCGAACCUGGCGUUGGCUGUGGUCUCUCUGAAACUGCACGGUAACUUCACUCUAGUGUCUUUGGAGCGUCUGCAGGCCCCCGAUCGAUGUUAACAUUAAUAAGCAUGAUAAAAGUACAAAAUAGACAAUCCAUAUGGCAAAAAUGAUCAUGUGAACAGAGACUCUAGGAACCACAAGGAUCAGUGCAUUGUUGGAGCGCAGUGGGGUAAAGGGGUUUAAAAGAAAUCGGUCUAACUAUUAAGGGCUUGUAGGUGAAGAGUUGGAAUUUAAAUGAUAUUGUGGAGCCAGUGAAGAGAAGCUAAUAUGGGAGUAAUAUGAUGUUGUUGUUAAUGUGCCGCAGCUUUUUGAAUCAACUGAACAGUCUUGGGAAUGUUUUGGGGCUGAUGAUGAGGAACCAUACAUUAAUCCAGCCUUGAAGUAAAAAAUGCACUGGUUUUUCUGUUUGGUUUGAUACAGUGUGUGCUGGCUUAUUGCAACCAAAGAAAAUGACCUGCCACAAAUCCUUAUCUCAAUAACAAACAGUUGAUAAUUCAGGCAAUUUUAUUAUGCAUUUAUGAAUUUCUAAAGUUUGAACAGGGCAACUCAUUUGGUGUUACAAUUUGGCUUAAUCUGUACAAUGCAUCGAUCAUAAGAUUAAAGGUAGGGUAGGUAAGUUUGAGAAACCGGCUCGAGAUACACUUUUUGUUAUAUUCCAUGG